ACAUACAGAGGAGGGGUGAAGUCAGAGAGUCCGAGUAGAGGGUGAGGGGCGAAGACGAAUAGAAAAGAAAGCGCCAGUCGUCGUGUGUACGUCAGUUCCCUUCCCGACUCUCGGUGGAAUCCCCAAUCUUUUUUCUUGUUGUACCCUCGCCUUCCUCUUCUUCCAUUCUUCCUCUCUCUUCUUUUCUUUCCAUCUCACUUUCUCAUCUCUUCAACGAAAUUACUCUUGAUACGAAUCAAUACCAUUCAUCAUGUCUUCCUCUCUCGAACAGCUUAAGGCCACCGGCACUACCGUUGUGUCGGACUCUGGCGACUUUGUCUCCAUUGGCAAGUACAAGCCUCAGGAUGCCACCACCAACCCUUCUCUCAUUCUCGCUGCCUCCAAGAAGGCCGAGUACGCCAAGUUGAUCGAUGUCGCCAUUGACUAUGCUAAGCAGAAGGGUGGCCCUAUCGACCAGCAGGUCGAUGAUGCUCUCGACCGUCUUCUUGUCGAGUUUGGCAAGGAGAUCCUCAAGAUCAUUCCCGGCAAGGUCUCAACUGAGGUCGAUGCUCGAUACUCUUUCGACACCCAGGCUUCCGUCAACAAGGCCCUUCACCUCAUUGAGCUUUACGGUGAACAGGGUAUUUCCAAGGAUCGCAUUCUGAUCAAGAUCGCCGCCACUUGGGAGGGCAUCAAGGCUGCUGAGAUUCUCCAGCGCGACCACGGCAUUAACACCAACCUCACCCUCAUGUUCUCUCUUGUCCAAGCUGUUGGUGCUGCCGAGGCCGGUGCCUACCUCAUCUCUCCCUUCGUCGGCCGCAUUCUUGACUGGUUCAAGGCUUCUACUAAGAAGGAAUACUCCAAGGAGGAGGACCCUGGUGUCCAGUCCGUCAAGACCAUAUUCAACUACUACAAGAAGUACGGUUACAACACCAUCGUCAUGGGCGCCUCAUUCCGAAACACUGGCGAGAUCACUGAGCUUGCUGGCUGCGACUACUUGACCAUCUCUCCUAACCUGCUUGAGGACCUCCUGAACUCGAAUGAGCCCGUUCCCAAGAAGCUUGAUGCUUCCCAGGCUGCUUCUCUAGACAUCGAGAAGAAGUCUUACAUCAAUGAUGAGGCUCUCUUCCGCUUUGACUUCAACGAGGACCAGAUGGCCGUUGAGAAGCUCCGAGAGGGUAUCAGCAAGUUCGCUGCUGAUGCUGUUACCCUCAAGAGCAUCCUCAAGGAGAAGCUCGCCUAAAUCUCCUGCAUGGUUGAUGAUUUAAGAGACAAUGUUUAAAAAAGUUAAAAGGGACAGUGUUGACGUGGGAAUGCAGGAAGCACUGAAGCUGACUGCGAACAACCAACUAUAAUUUGUUCACGAUCUUUGCUGGGGAGUUGUCGUUGCUUAUACCACACAUCUUCUAUAGUUCAUAUCCAUCAAGUAUUCCUCAGCUUAAGGCGAAGUCAUUGGCUGUAAUUUGCCUCGUGAAUGAGGUGCCCAUUGAAACAGAUAGCGGCUAAAUGACGAAAAUCGAGGAUAUGAGCCCAAAGAAAACUAGCAAAAUCAUCAUCCCUCAAACGUCGUGAACCGCAAUUUUUUAGUUUACGUGAGAACUCCCGUCUACAUAUCUUGACAAGAAAUGACCCAUCAUUGUCAUUAUCAUGACCCAUAACGCCAUCUAACUAGAAUGCGUGAAACCGCUUGCCCGAGUAUUGACUUAAAACCAUCAUUGUACAGCAUGAUAUCGUAUCGUCGAAAUUGUGAGGACCUUACCACCAUCCCUUUUUGCACAUGACCUGAUGAGUUGAGUGUUUCCAGCCGCCUUCUUCCUUCGCCUGGAUAACCAGGCCAGUUAGAGCGUUACCCUUGACGCAGCCAGAGUCGAGACCGAAGGUGUACGAGUCCUCUUGAUAGCCCAUCUUGGCAUCGUGGCCGUAGAUGACAGAACGGCGGUCAGGUCCUCGUAAUUUCCUUUGCUCGCUAUUCCAUAGGUCGGUCCAUCGUUCACCUUCGUGGCCAUCUAUGGGAAUCCAUACAUCGCGAUCAGGGUUUGUGCGUUCGGCGGCGGCUUCAUCGGUCGACAGUACGGCACCAGCGGAAUCGGCUGGAGCGGGCUCAUCGCGGGCAGCGUGAGCAUGCGGGUCGGUAUCCUCCUCUCCUGGAACAAAACUGCGCUGCUGAAACUUUGCCUGCGUGUCCUCCUGCGCCUUUGCUAGCUCCUUUUGUCGCAGUUUCUCGGCCUGCUUUCGUUUCUUUUCAAUUUCCUUCUUACGGAAUUCUUCGCGCGGGAACCGCAAGGUGCGCAUGUUCAUGACAGCCCAGGCGUCUUGUUGAGGGAGUGGGACGCCUGGUACGAGGCCGGCGUGCACAAAGUAGAGGGCCAUGGAUUCGGCAGAUAUAAUGACCGGUAGGUUUUUCAGCCACGUCAUUUGCGCCUCGGAAAGACUGCGGGCUGUCUUCAAGUCCGCCUCUUCGCCCCUGUGCUUGGCAGCAUCUUUGGUAUCGAGGUAGGCGGCGACGCCCUGUUGAGAGCUGAGGCCGCGCCAUGCAAGAACGACGCGAUCUUCGUGGUUGCCGCGGACCGCGCUGGCUUUGAGCUCCAUAAGACGAGCAACUACCUCGGAAGGCUUGGGGCCUUUGUUAAUCAUAUCGCCCACUGCGAUAACGUGGUCUGUCUUGGGGUUGAAUUCGAUCUUCUUGAGUAGCUUCUCGAAGGGGUCAAGCAUGCCGUGGAUAUCGCCAACCACAACCAACCUCCUUCCAUUCUUUGCUGUAGGGACGUAUUCGCUGGGUAGAUUCCUGAUGAGGUCGAUACCAUCGUAGCGCGGUCUGUUAUACAUGCCAUAAGACAUGGGGUUAUCGGCUCGAAGAAGUUCGACUUGUGGACGCAAGACUUCGUCCUCGACCUCUACGGGCCCAACUGUUAAUGCUGCGAGACGCGAACAGCAAUAAAAAAUGCUAAAUACGAAGAAGAAGGUCGAUAGAAGGACGAGUAGACGCCGCUGUGGUGCGGUAAUCAUGAUUGCCAUCGUCUGUGGCGGCACGAAUGGGAAAGGAGAGAUAUAGAUGCGACGAUGCGAACUGAGGAUGAUAGUGAAGCUAUGACGACAACGACAGCGGCGCCAGUUGUAGACCAGACCGCAUUACUAAAUCUGGCGAGGCGAUAGAUAAGGUACUUUGAUUUGAUGUGAUGUGAUUUGCCUUGACUUGGCCUUGGCACAACUGGACUCGGCGCUGGGCAGGUGAAUGAAUGAGCGGGUUGAGCUCAGGAGGAAAGGGAAAGGGAGAGAUGGCUAAUAUUGCGACACACAGAUGUAACUGAACGUCUCAGGCGGCCGUGGUGAGACCGUUCAAGAAGCGGGAGACAAGGUAUGUAUGUAGUAAGGUAAAGAAGGUUACCCAAUCUACAAGUGGAAUGGGGAAAUGAUAGCAAAUAGCACAGACUACCUACGUAUUAAACACUGAAUGGCCGGCCAAGCCAUGGCGAAGCGAUUAAACCAAGAAGCCACUAAUUUACUGACUCCUACCAACCCAACCACUGCCUUUUUCUUCUUCCUUUCCACAAGGACAUGGCCGUUAUGCAACGCGUCUGGCGCUGAAGGGAGGGGGGGUUGUUCAAAGUAUGACGCAGGAUACACACGAGGAUAACUUCCCUCUUGGGCCAGAUAUAUCAUAUGAACUAUGCAUAAUACCUAGGUAGGAGGUAGUCUCGAUCAAUUCUUGUCACUAAUGGGCUUUAUUAUUUCCUUGUCCAAUUGCGUAUGCUUUCGGGUUG